UAGGUAAUUUACAUGUCUUCAUAUCAACACAGGAAUCCGAUCAUCUUUCUUCGAGCACGCUCUACAACUGCGUACAAGUAAAACACCAUGGCCGAAGCAGCUCCCAUCAUUCAGCAGCCAACAGCAGCCGCAUCUGCAUCUAGUACGGUCAUGGUUGAUCUCGGCGCGAGCUCAGGUGCCCCACCCGGUCUGGAGUACCUUGCACAAGUCGACCAACUUCUCAUCCAGCAGCUGUUAGAAGUACUUGAAAUUCUUACUGGUUUUGAGACUGAGAAUAAGUAUGUUAUCAAGAACUCGAUGGGACAGCAAGUUUACUUUGCUGCAGAGAAGAGCGACUGUUUGGAGCGUCAGUGUUGUGGUCCUGCGAGGGCGUUUUCCAUGUCGAUCGUCGACAACUACUCACGAGAAGUCAUUCACUUGGAACGGCCCUUCCGCUGUGGACACUGUUGCUGUCCUUGCCAUUUGAACGUGAUUGAGGUGCAAGCGCCACCCGGGAAUGUGAUUGGCUACGUACACGAGAGGUGGACUUGCUGCUUGCCCGAGUUUUAUGUGACCGACGCAACGGAAACAACAGAGUUGUUUCAAAUCCAUGGUCCUUGCUGGACUUGCAAGUGCUACCAGGAUGUGGAAUUUUUCAUACAGGAUAGUGCUAAAGGAGGAGCGCAGGUGGGCACUUUGAUUAGUCAGUGGAGUGGAUGUGCAAAAGAGUGUAUCUCUGAUGCUGGAAACUUCAGUGUUUCUUUUCCGAUAGACAUGACUUGGCAAAAUAAGGCUUUGCUGCUGUCAUCUGCUUUCUUGGUGGAUUUCAUGUUCUACGAACAGAGCAACAACAACAAUAGUUGAGAAUCUGAAGAUGUCUUUGUUGCAUAAGGAUUGAGACGUUGAUGGAAGACGUGAACUUUGGGUGUGGUCAAUCUUCUAUAUGUUACGCAUGCAUGCUACGUUGGAUUUGUCUUUGCGGAUCAUGUUUUUAUGCUGGCGCAUUUACUUGCUAUUAUAUGUGCUUUAUUGUACUUAGAUAAAUGGUGGAGAAUGCAGCAGUUAUUGUGGUAUUGUCAA